UUUUUCAACCAUACCUUAAUGAUAAAUAAAAAUUAAAUUUCACGUUUUAAUGAAUGGUGGAAUUAACGUUACGCCUAAAUUCUUUAACAUAUUUAACGUUUAAUAACCAAUCCGCAUGCGUCGUAAACAUACACAUACCUAUAUAUACUGUAGAAAUAGUCGAUCUGGUCGUAUUUUAUACAACAUACACUUUUAGCGCUUCAGUUGAUAUCUCCACGGCGUUAAGUAUGGGAGAAAUACUGCUUUUUACUUAUGUUAUACUGAUGGUAGGUUUCUAUACAUCGGCAGGAAUUCCAAUUAAUAGUAUACACUCGGACAAUAGAAAUUUGAAAUAUAAACAAUUAACUGCAAACUAUGGAGAAGAAAUUAUUGCACUGAAAAAUGAAAUGGUUUCAUUGCGACAGAGAGUAGCAAAACUUGAAAGGGAAGUUAACAGUUCCAGAAAUGGAGAAAUAACAACUAAAGAAAACGUUAAUGGAAUAAAGGAAAUCGGUCAUAUCCUAAAUAAGAGAGCGGUUAGAAGAAGAAGAAUUCGAAGACCUGAGGUAGCAUUUCAAGCAUCGUUAACGACAGAAUCUGCAACAUUUAAUUUGUUCGAUACAAUAAUUUUCAACAACGUGAUCACAAAUAUCAAUAGGGCAUACAACAAACAUACUGGCGUGUUUACUGCUCCUGUAUCCGGAACUUACACCUUUAGCACUAAUAUUGUAGCAGAGAAAGGGCAUUAUAUUGAAGCUAGUAUUAAAGUCAAUGAAAGGGUAACUGUUUCGGCAAUAAGUGAUCAUAGAAUCCCGCGGAAUGGAGAAUAUUUUACAACAUGGGAUCAAGGAAAUGCUGUAGCCAUUUUAAGCCUGAACAGAGGGGACAAGGUUUCAGUGUCUGUACAAUGGCCACAGGGAAGCCAUGUUAUACAUGGUGUUGGAAAAUCUAGUUUCUCUGGAUAUCUUUUAAGAUCACAUGAACAUCGCUGAGGCAACAGAUCUAAACUGAAAUUUGAAGAAACUUGGAAAAUUGCAAUAUAGAUGGAACUGAUAAUAAUCUAAUUCAAAAGUGCUUAGAGGUUUGUUAAACACUGCUACUGUGCAGUAUUGCAAAAAGUGUUUAUAACAUCCGAUCACUUUAUAAAGCGACUACAAAACAUUAGCACUCCAUGGACUUGGUUUCAUCGACGGUUGAAAUUCUUAAAUUCCAAACGUCCCUGAUCAACAUGUAUUAUGAUGCAUGAUUAUUCUCUUGGCUGAAAUCAGUAAUCUAUUAACUCAUUUGUAAACGUUUUUGAUUAGUUAUAUUUAUUGUGUUAGUUUCUUUAUCCCACCUCACUUUUUUAAUAUCGGUAUUUAUAUAAAAUUCCUAUACGCAUUUGUUAAUAAUAUUGUUAUUAAAUAAAAAGUUAUUUCAUU